AUGGUGCUCACCGAGUACACGUACGUGUUUGUCAUCGGCACUGGCUUUGCCUUGCUCGAAGCCUUCAACAACGGUGCAAAUGAUGUCGCCAAUGCUUGGGCGACCAGCGUGUCCUCACGGUCUGUGACAUACAGACAGGCCAUGGUCCUGUGCGUUGUGUUUGAAAUGCUCGGUGCUCUGACUGUAGGUGCCCGAACCGCGUCGACCAUCAAGAAUGGAAUCAUCCCUCUGUCCGCGUUUCAGAACAACCCUGGCGUCCAGCUACUGGCCUUCACAUGUGCCGCCGCUGGCGCAUCUCUCUGGGUUCAAUGGUGUACCCGACACUCAGCCCACGUCUCAUCUACCUACUCUCUUAUUUCAUCCAUCGCUGGUGUCGGCGUGGCCACCGUCGGUGCUUCUGGCGUCCAGUGGGGAUGGAAUAAUGGUAAAGGUCUUGGUGCCAUCUUUGCCGGCCUUGGCAUGGCGCCGGCCAUCUCUGCCUGCUUUGGUGCCAUUAUCUUUAUGCUCAUCAAAUUGGUUGUUCACGUUCGAAAGAACCCUAUCCCCUGGGCUGUUUGGACGUCGCCCUUCUUCUUCCUAAUCGCUGGUGUUAUUUGCACCCUUUCCGUCGUCUACAAGGGCUCCCCAAGACUUGGCCUGGAUAAAAAGCCAGCUUGGUAUAUUGCCGCCGUCACUCUCGGAGUCGGAUGGAGCCUGUUCGUACUGGCUGCACUCUUCUUUGUGCCAUUCGUUCAUGCCAAAGUGCUCAAGAAGGAUUACACAGUUUCAUGGAAGCAUGUCGUCUACGGCCCUCUUCUCUUUAGCCGUCAGCCCCCAGAAGAUGCAGUAGAGGCCAAGGUGCCUGACUAUGCCGUCGUCCAUCACGGUGAAGUCAGUGACGACAACAGCCAGUCAGAUGCGGGAGUCUUUGACACAAAAGGGGCGUCCGGUACCGUCACCGAUGGCGAGAAGCCCGGCACGCCUGUGCAUCCUGCCAACAAUGUUGCCGAAAAGAAACUCAUCUUGGCGGAAUGCAAUCAACAAGGCUACCAGAGGCUUAUGGCCGAAGCAAGAGAGCGUCACCACGCCAAGCUUAGGAAGACCCGCGGUCCCCUUGGCUGGGCGAUGCGGACGCUGCAUGCUAACCCCAUGGGCGCCGGAUCUCUUUAUGAGACGCAUAAUAUGAUUGCUCUCUGCAAGCGUAUUCCCGCCAUGGUUGUCGUUGCCCUUCUCUAUGGUAUGCAUUAUGACAUCCAUACUGCCCAAGUCGGUAUCGAGGGCACCCCCGAGGGCCGCCGCAUGCAGCGCGUUUAUGACAAGGCGACCAAGUAUCCCAACGAGGUUGAGUACUUGUACUCGUUUGUCCAAGUCAUUACUGCCUGUACGGCCUCUUUUGCCCACGGCGCCAACGACGUCGGUAAUGCUGUUGGUGUCUGGGCCGCCAUGUACUCUGCGUGGUCUACUGGCCAGGCUCUGACGUCCAGCUCGCCUGUGGAACUAUGGCAGAUUGCUGUUAUAGCAUUGACCAUCUGUAUCGGUUUUAUCACGUACGGUUAUAACAUUAUGAAGGUCAUGGGUAAUAAAAUCACGUACCACUCACCUAGCCGAGGCUCCUCCAUGGAAAUGGGUGCUGCUAUUACGGUGCUCGUUUUCUCACAGUAUUCGCUUCCAGUUUCGACAUCCAUGUGCAUUACAGGAGCCACGGUUGGCGUUGGCCUCUGCAAUGGCACCUUUAAGGCUGUUAACUGGCAACGAGUUGGCUUGUUAGUCUUUUCUUGGUUUAUGACCAUUCCCAUUGCAGGCUUGAUCGGUGGCUGUCUGAUGGGUAUUCUACUCAACACUCCUCACUUUAAUAACUGA